CGUCGCGCGCGGGCUGCGGGCCGGGACGCUGAGGGCCUGGUCGGCCGCCUCUCGCGCCCGGGUGUAAGGGUUUCGGCCGAGACCCGGCAUCAGCGUGCCCUGCUCUCCGCUGGUCCGGCCCGUGCUGCGCGCCAGGCCCGGGGAGGAGCUGCCGUCGGACUGAGACGCCGGCCCGAGAGGGGUCGCCGCUUCCGUGCAGAAGUGAUGCCACCAAGAAGAAAUGAGAAAUACAAACUUCCUGUUCCACUUCCAGAAGGCAAGGUCCUGGAUGAUAUGGAAGGAAACCAGUGGGUUCUGGGCAAGAUGAUUGGCUCUGGAGGGUUUGGAUUGAUAUAUUUAGCUUUCCCUACAAAUAAACCAGAUAAAGAUGCAAGACAUGUAAUAAAAGUGGAAUAUCAAGAAAAUGGCCCAUUAUUUUCAGAACUCAAAUUUUAUCAAAGAGCUGCAAAAAAAGAUUGUAUCAAAAAAUGGAUAAAACUCAAACAACUUGAUUACUUAGGAAUUCCCCUGUUUUAUGGAUCUGGUCUCACUGAAUUCAAAGGAAGAAGAUACAGAUUUCUGGUCAUGGAAAGACUAGGAAUAGAUUUACAGAAGAUCUCUGACAAGAAUGGUACUUUUGAAAAGUCAACUGUCCUCCAGCUAGGUAUCCGAAUGUUGGAUGUACUGGAAUAUAUACAUGAAAAUGAAUACGUUCACGGUGAUAUAAAAGCAGCGAAUCUACUUUUGGGUUACAAAAAUCCAGAUCAGGUUUAUCUUGCAGAUUAUGGACUUUCCUUCAGAUAUUGUCCCAAUGGGAACCACAAACAGUACCAGGAAAACCCUAAAAAAGGCCAUAAUGGGACAAUGGAGUUUACCAGCUUGGAUGCCCACAAAGGAGUGGCCCUGUCCAGACGAAGCGACCUUGAAAUCCUCGGCUACUGCCUGCUGCGGUGGUUAUGUGGGAAACUGCCCUGGGAAUGGAACCUGAAGGACCCGAUGGCCGUCCAGACUGCUAAAACAAAUCUGUUGGAUGAGCUCCCUGAGUCGGUGCUUAAAUGGGCUCCUUCUGGAAGCAGUUGCUGUGAAAUAGCUCAAUAUUUGGCAUGUGCUCAUAAUUUAGCAUAUGAUGAAAAGCCAAACUAUCAGAUGCUCAAGAAGAUUCUGAACCCAGGCGGCAUACCUUUAGGACCAUUGGAAUUUUCCAGUAAAGGAGAGAGUGUCAACGUGUGUACUCCCAACAAUCAAAGAGUUGAUUUGCAGAAGGCUACAACAAAGCAAGUCAAUCAUAUGCAAAUUAGGUUAGUAGGAAAAGAAGUCCGUGGUGAGAGAAGCACUGAGUCUUGUGCAACACGGAGAAAAGUGCGAAAAGAGGAAACACUGGUUGGAUCACUUAACGAUGAAGCAGCAGCUCAGGACAUUGCUUCACUCAUGAGAAACCAUGAUGAAGAAAUGAAGCAUGUGGACAUCUGGAGUGAACUGGUUUUUCUGGCUCAAGUACCCAAGUCUUCUCAUCGAUUUCAUCCAUAACAUCCCAGAAGGCCUUCAAUGAUUCCAAUGCUGCCAAAAACUGACUGUGAAUGCUUAUAAUGGAGCUCUGCGAAAAGAUAGAUGAAAGAUGAAUGAGUCAUACGACGCUAUCAAUAGCAGAUAAUCUUUCACUUAAAAUACAACUCAAUUUAGAAAUUUUAAGCUGUUUCAGCUAAAUCUAGACUCUAGUAAAUAAGAGUCAACACUCUGCUUCACAUUUUGUCACCUCCAUCAAUAUUAACAGAGUUCCUUUUUGAUUGUCACUAGACUAUGCAUAUUCUCAAGAAUGGCUUUUCUAAAAACAUAUUUUUAUGAAUUUUAUACUAUAUGUAUGGCAUAGUAAUUACUAAUAUAAGAAGAUAUGUAUGUACAACUUUAUUACUGUAUGUAAUAUAUAUUGACCAUAGUGUACAAUUUGAGUGUGAAAACAUUUUGUUGUAGUUAUCAAGUUACAUGCAGUAUUAUUUGUGACUUGAGUAAAUUAGUUUUAAACAUUAAAAAAAGGUGGAGGGAUUAAGAAGUACAAAUUGGCAGUUAUAAAAUAGUCAUGGAGAUGUAAAG